AUGCGCGCUCUACCACUGUUCACGGGGCUUCUGUCCAGCCUCCAGGAAAGAGGUGACUACGACGAUGGACAAUACACCCAAGUCGUCCAAGCCACGGUCUGGACCUCGACGCCCACCUACGUGGUUUCGUACAUCUCGACCCAGAUCGUCACGCUGACCUCGUACGUCCCCUGCCCGGUGACAACCUCCUACACGACAGUCUACAAGUGCUCGACCUGCGGCGUGUGCACCACCUGCAACGCCGCCCCAACCACAUGCCAGCCGAAACUGUGCUCGACGCAGGUCCACUGGGCCGCGCAAGCAACCACCACGGCCUACAGCCCCGGCGAGUACGCCGUCGCCUAUGUCACGAACAACAACGGCCAAAGCUACACCACCACCGUUGCCGCCUCUCAAUGCACCGCCUACGCCCAAGUCUACUUUGCCAACUACGACUGCGCGACUCUCCCCGCGUGCGGUGGUGGCCCGGCUCCCGCUCCCGCGCCCGUGGCCUUGACAUGCGAGGCAAAACCUUGCACCACACUCGGUUAUCUCAACGGCAACACCUACGUGACGCUCACCGAAGGCACGUCCUACUUCGCCACCGAGUACGCUCGCCUCACCGUGAACAAUCAAGUGACGUCCACGCCGGCGAGUCUCUGCGCGGUCCUCACCACGCCCGCGCAAUGGGCCGUCGCCCCAACCUGUGCGUGCGGUGAUGGCGGCAGCGGAGUCAUCACGUCCACCAACUGCCCUAGCGGUGGUGGAGAAAUCCUCACAUACACGUACACGACGCAGGGGAGUACCAUCGUCGUGGCGACCACGCUGCCAUGUCGCGGCGGGCCGUUCCAUUUGACGGGGAGUGGUGCGGCGCGCACGGUAGGGGGUGAUCCAUCCAGGUUGGUGUUCUGGCUAUGGACCGUUUGUGCAAUAAUGGCAGGAGUGGGAAUGGUCCUGCUUUGA